CUCGCUCUUAAUUUGGGGAUUUACUUCUGUUCGUUAUCUCUGACUUCACUUUUCUAUGACGUAGCUAGAGCCGUUUAGAUCGUCGUUGUUUUAAAUUGAUUAUUUCCAACGGAUCAGUUCACAGAACAAAUCUAUGCUCGCAAUCAAUGCUCGCGCUGAACUGAAUUGGUCCGAGCGACGCUCGAAUCGAACUGUUUCGAAAGAACCGAUUCGCGCACUACUACGACGUCAUCACAAUGCCCCGGAAUUUCCUCCUCGCCAGAUUUGGCGCAUGCGCACAUCGUAAAUAGAGUGCGGACUUCGCUGCUCUCCUAAUUUUAAAUUGUUUGAUGGCCACACAUUGAUAAAUCAUGUCAAAAGCACCAUCUCAGGCCGGUUCUUCCGGUGCCGCGGCUAACCUGGGACCUUCAUCGUCCUCUUCCUGCUCCUCACCUUCGACAGGCGGCACGACGUCCCCCGCUACACAGCACGCACAGCCCGAGAAACCCCAGCACUACACGUAUCUGAAGGAGUUCAGGACGGAGCAGUGUUCCCUGUUCGUGCAGCACAAGUGCACUCAGCACAGGCCCUUCACCUGCUUCCACUGGCACUUCCUGAACCAAAGACGACGGAGGCCGAUUCGCAGACGAGAUGGAACAUUUAAUUACAGCCCUGAUGUGUACUGUGUUAAAUACGAUGAGGGCAAUGGAUCAUGUCCCGACGGAGAUGAGUGUCCGUUUCUGCACCGGACAGCUGGCGACACAGAGAGGCGCUAUCACCUGCGUUACUAUAAGACAGGUUCCUGUAUCCACGAGACUGAUGGGAAGGGCCACUGCAGUAAGAACGGCCCUCACUGUGCCUUUGCUCACGGCUCCCAUGACCUCCGUAGCCCCGUCUAUGACAUCAGAGAGGCUCAGGUGUUAGAAGCCCAAGCUGCUACUGGAUUGGUUGAGGGCACCUCUGGAGAAGGGCAGUCAGGAGUCGUGGCCAGCACUGCACUCAUAGAAAAGAUCCUGAGUGAAGAUCCACGCUGGCAAGACAGUAGUUUCGUGCUCUCCCAUUACAAGACAGAGCUUUGCAAAAAACCUCCGCGGCUGUGUCGUCAGGGGUAUGCGUGUCCCUACUAUCACAACAGCAAAGACCGCAGACGGAGCCCUCACAAACACAAAUACAGAUCUCUGCCGUGUCCCUCAGUGAAGCACAGUGAUGAGUGGGGGGACCCGAGUAAAUGUGAGAGUGGAGAAAGCUGCCAGUACUGCCACACACGGACAGAACAGCAGUUCCACCCGGAGAUCUACAAAUCCACCAAAUGCAAUGACAUGCAGCAGAGUGGCAACUGUCCCAGAGGGCCGUUCUGUGCUUUUGCUCAUUUAGAAAAAGUGACUGUCAGUGAUGAGCAGCUGGCCGCACAAUGCAGUUCACCUCCGCUAGAAACUUCCUUCUCUGCUUCCUUAGAAGACUUCAGCCAGAGUGGGCUGAGUGCCAGCACAGAGGAAGGGCUGCUGGGAAGGGUUCUGUUCGAGGAGUCCUUCAGUCUUGAGGCCAGUCCAGGAGGAGAGGGGGGGUAUGGGAAAGCCCCUGGGUUUGAGAGGGAGGACCAGGCCAAACAUAAAAGCAUUUUAAUGGAACAGCGCAUCAGAGACAUUUCAUCCAUGCACAGCAAACAGGAUUUAUUGGUGUUUCUGCCUGUCGGCAGUCCUCGCAGUAUGUCCUCCAGCAUACCCUCCAGUCUGGCAGCCACCCCACCCAGCCCUGCACCCCCAGGCCCGUCUUCAGGCAUGAACGCCAACGCUCUUCCCUUCUACCCUACAAGUGACACGGUGGAGUCCGUAGUGGAGUCUGCAUUGGAUGAUUUAGAUCUGAAUGACUUUGGAGUCUCGGCUCUUGAGAAGAGUCUGGAGAGUUCAGCUCGACCCAGCAUGGGUCUCAUGUUGGGAGGCAGUCAGUUACAGAGUUCAGCACCUGUCAACAUCCCGGGAUCCCUCAGUAGCCCCUCCCCUUUCAGAUCGCCCUCACCUUCUCCACCAAUCAGAGCCCACCACUCUCCAUUCCUCUCUGCACAGAUGCCACAACCCAGCCAAUCAGAGAGCAGUUUUUUGGGGACCUCCCAUGGUUCUUUAGGUUUAAAUGGCAUGAGCAGCAGUAUUUGGGAACAUUUUCCGACAGGCCAAAUUUCACCAGGUACCCCUCCUGCCCUACUUUCCACAGGAAGCAUGUACGAGGCGUCACGUCUCAAACAGGAAGUGGAAGAGGCACACAGGGUACUAAAACAUUGGGACCACAGCUGGAGACAGAUGGCUCAGUCAUUGGCGGUCUUAAAAGCAGACGCAGAGGAAUCUCAUCUCUUGGCGGGACAGCUGGGUAUGGAGGCGGAGCGAGCGCUUCAGGCUGAAGUGGAGGCGCAACAGCAAGCUGCUGUCCUGGAGGAGGCCCUAGAGAGCCUACGGCACGCAGAGAACCCACAUCUCCAGCUUCACCAGUUACAGUUACUGCACCGACUGCCACUGAGCUCCAUCUGCAGCCUGCAGGCACAGAUCUGCUCCUGCUUACGCACCGUAGAACAGGCUGUGUUCAGGAAGCAGAGGUUAUAUUGUGUAUCUUGCGAUGAGAUGGGAUCAGUGACGUUACAAUGCCAACAUGGCCUGCACUGCGAACGAUGCGCAGCCUCGACAGAAUGCCCGCUGUGCACUGAACACCAGCAGAACAUGAACAUCCCACAAUCAUAAUCCUAAUCUGCUAUCAUCCUCGCAGGAUCUCAUUCACAUUUCACUCAAAUUCUCAUUAAAUGUAUCCUAUAAAGCCCAAAGCCUUAUCUUAGCUAAAAGCUGAGAUUUAAUUGAUAAAUACGAUCUGGUUUGAUUCAUAUUAAUGCUAUGCCAUAUUCUUCACGUUUGCACCCAGUCAGUCCUCCUAAACCUCAGUGGGACCAUUUUAUUUAAAAAAAAAAAAAUUACUAGAGAGACACUGACACGCAUUACCAGUUUGUGAUAUUUUCAUGUUUAUUGUGGGGACAAAACAUCACGGAUACAGUAUAAUAAUAUGGUUAUGUCUCAUUGUAAUCAUAAUUUUCAAUGUCUUUUAAAUGGGAACAGCAAACAUAAAGUAUUCAAAUCUGGUCGAUCACUAAUAAUAAUGCUAACAUGACAACACAUUUAGAGAUUUUAAGGAAAUAUUUAAGUGAAGAUCAUGAUACCAAAUUGCCAUAUUCCCUAUAUGAUUUAAUAUAUAGAAUCCUAACACGUAUAUAGUAAGACAAUCCUAUUCUUUAAAAAAACAACAAAAAAAAAAACAUGUUUAAAUCGAAAUAUGGAAUGUCCUUCCAGAACAUUCUGAAAUGUUUACAGUAGAAAUGCAGUUUGUGCAUCUUCAGUGCAGCUGAAACGUUGUUGUUGUUUUUGCCAGACAUGGGGAGAUUUCAUAAUGAGUAUAGUUUGUAGCUAUAUAGGACAUUUACAAUUACAUUUAUAGGAUUUUUAAAGGAGAAAUUCCAGGGAACUGCUACAGCAAGGAGGAAAAUAAAUACGGUUUUGAAGCUUUUCAUUCUCAGGUUUUUUUUUUUUUUUUUUUUUGAUUUUUAGUAAUCUGGAGUGCAAGAGCAAGGCGGCAAACCCUUUAUGCAAAUCUUAUAAUAUGCAUAUUUUAUUUAAUGCAUUUAUUGAAUAAUUUGCCUGUUUAUUAAACCAACAGCAUGUUCCCAACUGCAGCUUUUUUUCAUGUAGAGGUGUUUUAUACGAACACAUGUGAAGAAGCGGAUAAUUCAUGUGCACAGAUUACCAAACACGAGAGCAGUCAUAAGCUACGGCUGUCAGGAGAGGGCUUGACUUCAGUGCGUUUCGAUUUAUUUGGAUGAUUUUAAUUGAAUUCAGUUUGAAGGCACGGUUAUAUGGGAUGCUCCACUGAUGACUUCCCUUGAAACAGCUUC